AAUUCGGCAGAGCAAUGGGGAAUGCUGGAAAAGGGAAAAGACCAACAGAAUAUAAUGUCGAAGAAGAUGAAUUCGCGCCACGUCAUCAACGAGAGGUGGAUCCGGAGCAAGAAGCACAGAGACAGCAAGUACUUGGCGACCGGCAGCGUCGUAUGGACAGAGUGGCGGAGCCACACUGGGUGCACCGAAUGGAGCUUGAACCCACCGUAUCCCACUGGCUCGACCGCAAACCUUUAAUGUACGACUUCCAAUUCCCGUGUAUCCUGCAAAUCUGCCUGGUCCCCAACGCCAAGAAGAAGUUGAUCGAUUUCGAAGGAAUUUGUUACAUACUCUACGGCCAUUUGAGAUGUCCCACAGAGGAGUGCUUUUUCAAGGAUUUUCAGCCAUUCGAGAUUUCUCUUUCUCGCCGGAACGUGAAGAUCAACCGAGACCGGCUCGAGUCAAAGUAAAAUCUACGGAUGCGGAUUCUGAUUAUGUGACUGAUGACAAAACUGGAACUGCAAAUAUUGAAAAACCGCCAAAAAACAAUUUGAAGCGCAAGAACAAUAGAAAAGACGAUGACGAGGAGGAUGGUCCCAGUGCGAAAAUCCCGUCAAUCUCCACAGGCCGGCCAACUGUAGCCUAAAUUUUGUAUAUUUUAUAAUACUUGACUCUUCCUUCCUCGAACGUAUUCUCAUCAUCCAUUUUUAACUUCACAUUGUGCUGUGACAUUUACCAUUAUUCAAAUUUGAAGCUUAUUUAAUUUGUCAUGUAAUGUUCCCAUUCCUCUUUGUAGCUUUAAAAGUGAAACGUUUCAACAGU